AUGAUCAUACAUCAAAAUAAGAAGGAAUUUAAAAAAAAAGUUAUUACUCCAUACGUCAUGACAUCUGUUGACUAUGCGUCGGUGCCGAUCAAGGAGAAGGCUCUUCACCAGCCGCCUCUCCAGGAAGUAGCUGAUGUUUUAUCAAAGGGCCUGACGAGCUCAUUCGCUACAGUGCAAGUGUCUGUGGAAGACUCGCCAGACCUCACCAAGGGUCCAUACAAUCUCACAUCACCAGGACUUACAGGCAAUGAGAAGCUAGUGGAGAUCGGUGGUCCACCCUAUCUACUGCCUCUAGUGCAACGUGACAAGAUUUACGACCUGGCGUUGCUCGCCAAGCACCUGCAGAGAGACCCUGCAUUCAUCGCGGGUGCGGGCGCAGGUCCCUGGCCACAUAUUGGUGUCAACUGCGAGGGUAUAAUAAAUCUGAGCAUUAAAAAUGGCUCCAUAGAUCAGGGCACGCGAAUAGUGACCGUGGAGCCAUUGGGAGCCCCCAAAGGCACUGGGCUGUACCUCCAGCGGCGACUGCCCAAUAAUGAGACCAGGACAGCACUCCUCGGGAACUACCUACUCAGUGAAGGGAAACCUGGCAAGGUUAUCAAAGUGGUUGCUAAAACACGUAUAGGUCAGUCCAACUUCAUCACAGCUAUCAGAGAAACACUCAAAAACCAUUACGGUGACAAAGUUGUCGGUUUGGGAGGAACAUUCCUACUUCGCGCGGGCAAGGUAAAGUUCCACGUGAUGCCGGACUUCUCAACGAAACCCCUUUGUAGCGAUAGUGAUGUCGACACAUGGCUACACUACUUCGAGAUGAAAGCACCCAUCACUCAUGUGGGAACACUAGUUAGCGGAGACCUUGGUUUGGACCUCCGUGUGCAGCACUUCCACGGGUUUAGUGCUCACGGCGACGGCGGGCACUACCACUACGACACCACUCCUGAAGAGGUAGAGUACGAGGGGUACUUUGUGGUGGCUGGUUCCCUCGUGCGAGUGGAUCAACCACAAGACACACAUGCAUUUGGUCGAGACUAG